AAUGCAGUCAGUCGAACAGUUGACCUUCUUGGAUUAGAUUUUUGUUGACUAACGUAUACACAAGCUUCUGCGAAAUUAGAGAUGCUUUUUAAACUUUUGUUCUUAAUAAGUAUGUCUAACAUACUGACUCCUAUAAGCUCCAGUAAACAUGUUCUUCGUCGUGAUUUAAACAGUGUUAACUUUGAAAAGCAGUUGCCUUCAAUUGAGAUACGAAAGGAAAAUAAGCGAGACGAUGAUAUAGCCAAAAAAUUAAAUAUAGAUGAUCUGGAACAGUUGCCAAGAAUUGAUGGAUCUCAGGAAAUGGUACGAGACGGAAAUAUUCGCAUGGUAAUGCAAACUAUGCAGAAGAGAUUUGUUAAUAAUCGAAAGGAAGAGAGUCACUGUUGCAUUUAAUGUACAAAUUUUUAAAAUAAUAAAUUCAAUGUAUUGCAAGUGAAUAAUUAUUACUUGGAAUAUUUUUAAAUGUAUUGUGAAUACAUCCAAUUCUCAAAAACCUG